GUCUAUAUCCAAAUUACAUUUACAUAUUGACAUGAUUAUGAAAUUGUUGUGUGUUUUUGGUAAUGAAAUAUCAUACUCGCCUCGUUUGUUAUUGUGUAGCGUCUGUUGAUCUCAAUAUGAACAAGUGAUCUAUCCUAAAAAUUAAAAUAGUCUUAUAACAGCAGAUAGAUUUGAAAUCUGCAAAAUCCCCACAUUCCUAAUAAGCACUUUUGAUGCAUUGAACUCUAUUGUUUUUGUAGCAAAUCCAUUUUUUAGUGAUUUAAACUCAAUAUCUUUUCAUCAACUUGGUUUUAGUUUAUUGUCUUGCUUAUGCUAGGUGCCAUAUGAACAGUUAAUUUCACAACUUGCGUAUUUAAUGGGAAUUUGAUGCCUGUGUAAAUUAUUGAAUGAGAAUCAUUAGUUUGGGUGGAAAUGGCACUUUCCUUCUAAAGAUAGCAAAUUAUCUUGUUUUUGAAGCAUGUUCUAAUACGGUUUUGGAGACUUUGGCUGGAAAAAUAUUUUACUAGAAAAUUGUUGGGAAUUUUAUUAUUUAUUAUUUUUUUAUGUGAUUUUGAUGCAUACGUUUGGACUUUUUCUUUUUGUUUUUAUCUUCACAUGGCUUGAAGUGUUGUUCCUUAAGAAACUCUUAAAUGGAAAAGAAACGUAAGUUUGGGGAAAACAUUAAAAUUUUUUUUUUACUAAAUAUAUAUUAUUCUGGAUAGUCAAUUGGGUAUUUAUGCAAUUGCGUAAUUUGAUGGUUUAAUGUUGAAUCUACUGGCUGAUAUUAAAUGAUAAAUAAAAAAAUUUGUAAAAUGAUUUUUUGCUUUUGGGAAACUUUGUAGGUACACAGUAUUUUGUCCACUUGAUUAUAUAUUAUAUAUUAUAAAUUAAGCAUGUCCAUCUGCCAAUUUUAUUUUAAUUUAUAUUAUAUAGUUUAAGAAGUUAAUUGUAUAUUUUUUAUUGUUCCACUUGAUUUUAUUUUAGGUCUUAUUAGUUAAUUAGGUUAUUAGUAUUUUUUUUUAUUCAAUUUUCUAGAGUUGAGGUUAUUUUUGUGAUACAAUAAUUGGGCUUUCUUAAGUCAAUUAAAUAUUGGGUUAAGUCAUAGUAGUCAAUAUAAGCACACUGUUGUACUCCAAUGGAGAUAAUAGAAGUUUGCUUGAUUAAUAAAAUUUCCAUGGAAAUUUUCCCAGCGAUUUGGUGUUUAUUUUUGUUGAUUAAAAAUAGGGCUUUCUUGCUUGGUGUUGAUUAAAAGCAAGCAUAGGUGCUGAUUUGUCAGUUAUUUCUUAUUUUUCUAUUAUUCAAAUUUAUCUCAUUAUCAGAUGUUAAAUUUUUUGUCUCUAAACUCUCUCCUUUUUUUACCCUAAUUUAAACACACUAAGACUCUUAAUUAUUCUUUCUCUUUAUCUCUUCAAUCAUUUUGGUUUAGGUGGCCAUGCCGCUUGCAGGCGGUGGUUUUUAAACUUUGGAUAUAAGUUCAAUCAAAUUUUGUAAACCUGAAACUCUUGUGCUUUAUUUGCUUGUGGAGAAAUUUUACGUAAAGAGAUAUGCCAGAGAAGAUACACACUAUCUAUUGUAUAUAUAUGAUUUAAUGAGAAUCAAGCUGUAUGCAAUGCCUAAAGAGGCUGAAAAUAUUGAUGCUCCGUUAGUAGAGUGAUUGUGGAUGCGAUAGUUGCUCCGUUUGAUCGUCUUUCUGUGGCGAGCUGGGAAUAAUUCCUUGCCAACUCGGGCCAACCUUGUGAGAAGAAAAGUUCUCGAUGAUGCUUUAUGUCCGGAAUGCAAACUUUACGCAGAGGAUACUUUGCAUGCCAUCUGGUCUUGUCCGAAACUGGUUGAUAUUUGGAAAGCCCACUUUGUUCAACUUCAGGCGACCACGACUCACUGCACAUCCUUCCUCGACGUGAUUGAUAAAGUCUCAAUGGAGAAAACUUCUUUCGAGCUUUUCGCAAUGACAGCCUCUGCAAUUUGGAUGAGGCGCAACAAGCUCCGGUUGGGUGAAAACUCAAUCCCAUUGGGUCAGAUUGCGGCUUCAGCUUUUGAUGCUCUAAAGGAGUUCCAGCAGCUGCGUCCUACACAUGCGCAGAUACCACGGACAGCUCGGGCAGUACGAUGGAGACCACCACCUGAAAGUUGUGUCAAGGCCAAUUUUGACGGCGCAGUCUUCUCACAGGUUGGACUAGCUGGCAUCGGCAUUAUAAUCCGGAAUGAACAAGGAUUAGUUAUGGCUGCUCUCACACAACAAAUUCCGCUGCCUGCUUCGGUGGAGAUGGUGGAAGUGCUAGCGGCUCGCCGGGCUUUGGUUUUUGCCAAGGAACUGGGGUUUGAUAGAGUGGUUGUGGAAGGUGAUUCUGCAAACAUUAUCACUGCUGUUAACGGUAGAAUCAUGGACCUCUCGGCUAUGGGACAUGUCCUGUUAGAUAUCAAAAGUUUAAGUUCUUGUUUUUCUUUUAUUUCAUUUCAGCAUAUUAAUAGAGAAGGUAAUUGUGUGGCUCACAAGCUUGCAAGACAAGCUGCCAAUUUUCCUUUUCUGGUUUGGAUGGAGAAUGUUCCACCAGACGCUUUUGAGGUGUAUCAACUCGAUUUAUUAAGGUUGCAAUAAUAUGAUCUCUACCCAGAGGGGAUUUUUCUCAAAAAAAAAAGAUCUGCGGUUUUUUUUUUUUUUUUUUUUUUUUUGAAUCGAAAUCUAAGGUAUUCGCAGAUCUGUUUUCAAUUCGCAUCAAUAGAUUUUGGGUAUAGGAGCUUUGGGAUUUGUAAGGGUUUAUAUCGUGUUAUAACGUGUUUAAUUUUGUGC